UGACCCUGACUUGGCGGAUCCGCAAUGCUUUCCAAUUUCCAUAACGAACUCUCCGCUUCAAAAGCCAAAACCGCCACUCCACACACAUUCUACCUCUUCACUCUUCUCUCUCUCUCUCCCUCUCUCUCCCACACAACUUUGACGGCGACCAUGUCCUCCUCCACCGCCAAUGCCAAGGCCGUCCCUGGCCGCUCCGCCUCCGUCUACAGCGAAGUCCAGACCAGCCGUCUCGACGUUCUCCUUCCCCUUCCCUCCGUCCUCAAAGCCCCCUUCGUCGUCGUCGAUGGCCCUAAAAGCUCCGCCGCCGGAAAUCCAGAUGAGAUUGCCAAGUUGUUCCCUAACCUAUUCGGCCAGCCCUCGGCUUCGCUAAACGCCGGUGAUGCUUCAUCGGCUCUGUCAAAGGAUAAGAGUUUGAAGAUCGGAGUUGUUCUCUCCGGUGGACAAGCACCUGGCGGACACAACGUAAUUUCUGGGAUUUUCGAUUACUUGCAGCAGCGUACUACUGGAAGCAUAAUGUAUGGAUUUAGGGGCGGUCCGGCCGGAGUGAUGAAGGGAAAGUAUGUCGAAUUGUCAACCGAGUAUGUGUAUCCAUACAGAAAUCAGGGCGGCUUUGACAUGAUUGCUAGUGGCAGAGACAAGAUUGAAACUCCAGAACAGUUUCAGCAAGCUGCAGAUACAGCGAAUAAGCUUGAUUUAGAUGGGCUUGUGGUCAUUGGUGGGGAUGACUCAAAUACUAAUGCUUGCCUUCUUGCUGAGAACUUCAGGGGUAAAAAUUUGAAGACACGGGUUAUUGGAUGUCCAAAAACCAUUGAUGGUGAUCUGAAAUGCAAAGAGGUGCCUACAAGUUUUGGAUUUGACACAGCAUGCAGGCUAUAUUCAGAAAUGAUCGGUAAUCUAAUGACAGAUGCUCGUUCAACUGGGAAGUACUACCAUUUUGUAAGGCUUAUGGGGCGUGCAGCUUCUCAUAUCACAUUGGAGUGUGCUCUGGAGACUCGCCCAAACAUUACGAUUAUUGGGGAGGAGGUUGCUGCCAAGAAGCAGACUCUCAAGAAUGUCACAGAUUACAUAACAGAUAUUGUCUGCAAACGUGCAGAACAGGGUUAUAAUUAUGGUAUUGUACUUAUACCGGAAGGCCUGAUUGAUUUCAUUCCAGAGGUACAGCAACUAAUUGCAGAGCUUAAUGAAAUCUUAGCUCAUGGUGCUGUUGAUGAAGCGGGGGAAUGGAAAAAGAAACUUCAGCCUCAAUCUCAUGAGCUUUUUGAGUUUCUACCUCGAGCAAUUCAAGAGCAACUAUUGCUUGAAAGAGAUCCACAUGGCAAUGUGCAGGUUGCCAAAAUUGAGACAGAAAAAAUGCUCCUUCAAAUGGUAGACACUGAAUUGACCAAACGGAAGCAGGAGGGUAAAUAUAAGCGGAGCUUCUCAGGACAGUGCCAUUUCUUUGGUUAUGAAGGUAGAUGCGGUUUGCCCACGAACUUUGAUGCAAACUACUGCUAUGCAUUGGGUUAUGGUGCUGGAGCUCUCCUUCAUUCUGGAAAGACCGGGUUGAUUGCCUCUGUGGGAAAUUUGGGUGCUCCAGUUGAACAAUGGACAGUUGGUGGAACCGCAUUGACUUCUUUAAUGGAUGUGGAGCGGAGACAUGGGAAGUUCAAGCCUGUAAUUAAGAAGGCAAUGGUGGAACUCGAAGGUGCACCAUUCAAAAAGUUUGCAUCUUUGAGGGACGAGUGGGCUCUUAAGAAUCAUUAUGUUAACCCAGGUCCUGUUCAAUUCCUUGGACCAAGAUCAACUGCUAUCAACAAUACUCUGCUGCUGGAACUCGGAGCAUAAGCGCAGGAAGUAAAGCAUCGACAAGUCAUGGUCAAGAUUAUAUCCUAAUAACAACUAAAGUCAAGAUGUAAAUUUCGAUAGUGCUCAUCCGGCAGAUUUGGAAGACUCCAUUGAUAUAAACGUGCAAUUUUCUUUUUUGGCCAGCAAUCAAAUAAUAAGGAUCAAUAUGACUUAUAGUUACUGAAUAGAUUUAGUUUCCUUCUUGCAAUGUAGUUUUAGCUGUUUCUGUUGGCUUCUUUAUUCAUCCUCGUUGUACCCGACUAUUUUCGAAACCUCAUUAGUAGGAAGAGUAAUAAAUUUCUAUUCAAGCUGUUGUAUGAUU